CCCUCCGGCUGCCGCCGCCGCCUCCUGCCGCCGCCUCCUGCCGCCGCCUCGGCGGGUCCCGUUGCCGCCAUUGCAGAGGCGCCGUGUGCCGGCCGCGCCCCGCUCGAGCCCGGCCGUCCCCCGAGGCGGCAGGUGCCGCCCCAGCCCGAAUUGAAAGGACCUGAGAAAAAUCUUUCCUUAGAUGACAAGCUCUUGGGAAGCUGACUACUUCUAAAGUGCUUCCACUAGCUGUUGAGAACCAUGUUUGACAACGGAGAACUGGAAGACAAGCCCCCAGCUCCUCCUGUCCGCAUGAACAGCGUUAUCAUCGGCUCAGGGGGCAAAGACCAGUUGUCUGCCAACCACAGCUUGAAACCUCUGCCUUCUGUGCCAGAAGAGAGAAGAUCUCGGAAUAAAAUCAUCUGCAUAUUCUCUAGCAAUGAAAAAGGAAGCAAGAAGAAGGAAAAGGAAAGACCAGAAAUCUCCCCUCCGUCAGACUUUGAGCAUACCAUCCAUGUUGGCUUUGAUGCUAUUACUGGAGAGUUCACUGGAAUGCCAGAGCAAUGGGCUCGAUUGCUUCAGACAUCAAACAUCACAAAGCUAGAACAGAAGAAAAAUCCCCAGGCAGUACUAGAUGUGCUGAAAUUCUAUGACUCCAAAGACACAGCAAAACAGAAGUAUCUGAGUUUUUCUGCUCCAGAAAAAGAUGGUUUCCCUUCAGGAACACCAACGACCAAUGCCAAAGGUUCAGAGCCAUCAACAGCUGUGGUAGAUGAUGAUGAUGACGAUGAAGAAGCUCCUCCUCCUGUUAUUGCUCCACGGCCAGAUCACACGAAAUCGAUCUACACACGGUCCGUAAUUGACCCCAUCCCUGCACCCUCUGGUGAUGCUUCUGUUGACAGUGUGACAAAAUCAGGAGAUAAGCAGAAAAAGAAGACCAAAAUGUCAGAUGAAGAGAUCAUGGAAAAACUACGCACUAUCGUGAGCAUAGGAGAUCCCAAGAAAAAAUACACUAGAUAUGAGAAAAUUGGGCAGGGAGCUUCAGGUACAGUGUUCACAGCUAUUGAUGUGGCAACGGGGCAGGAGGUUGCUAUUAAACAGAUAAACCUGCAGAAACAGCCCAAGAAAGAGUUGAUUAUUAAUGAGAUCUUGGUAAUGAAGGAGCUAAAGAACCCCAACAUAGUCAACUUCCUGGACAGUUACCUCGUAGGAGAUGAGCUCUUUGUGGUGAUGGAGUAUCUAGCUGGAGGCUCACUAACAGAUGUGGUCACAGAAACAUGUAUGGAUGAAGCACAGAUUGCUGCUGUUUGCAGGGAGUGCUUGCAAGCGCUUGAGUUCCUGCAUGCCAACCAGGUCAUCCACAGGGACAUCAAGAGUGACAAUGUGCUCUUAGGCAUGGAUGGAUCAGUUAAACUAACCGACUUUGGUUUCUGUGCUCAGAUCACCCCAGAGCAGAGCAAGCGCAGCACUAUGGUUGGAACUCCUUACUGGAUGGCUCCUGAAGUGGUCACAAGGAAAGCAUAUGGCCCUAAAGUGGAUAUCUGGUCUCUGGGCAUCAUGGCUAUUGAGAUGGUGGAAGGAGAACCCCCAUACCUCAACGAAAACCCCCUGAGGGCUCUAUAUUUGAUAGCAACUAAUGGCACACCAGAGCUGCAGAACCCUGAGAAACUGUCACCAAUAUUCCGGGAUUUCUUGAACCGAUGUUUGGAGAUGGACGUAGAGAAAAGAGGAUCAGCCAAAGAAUUGCUGCAGCAUCCCUUCCUGAAACUGGCCAAACCUCUGUCUAGCUUGACACCACUGAUCUUGGCAGCCAAAGAAGCAAUGAAGAGUAACCGCUAACAUUA